AUGAGUAUAAAAGUCACGCCAUGGGACAAGGACAAUCAUGUUUUUGCCAAACACAACUUCACCCUCUCAAUAGACACAAAUUCAGCUUACAAAACGAUUUAUACGAUGCAGUAUUCGACCCUCACUAUCGCCACCUUGUCUUUGCUGGGCACACGCGUCAGUGCAAAGACUAUAUCCAUCGAAGUUGGCAGAAACGGCGCUUCAUUUAGCCCCAACUCCGUGACAGCAGCAGUUGGUGAUAUCUUGGAAUACCGUUUCGCUGGAGGCCGACACAGCGUCGUCAGGGCAGACUUCAGCCGGGGUUGCACUCCGGCUAGCAACAACGGCUUCUCCUCCGGCCUCCAAAGCAGUGGAGCGGUGUUCCAAGUCACCGUCACUAACACUGAUCCGAUAUUCUUUUACUGUUCAGCUGGAAGCCAUUGCCAGAAUGGUAUGGUGGGAGUUGUGAACCCGUCCUCUGCUCAGAGUCUGGACAAGUUCAAAAGCACAGCAAGGGCUUCCAAAGACAAUGUCAGCCCUGGUUCCCCUUUCGGCGGUGUCUUUCCUUCAACUCGAGGGAUCUCUGCCGCGAGAGCGUAUCAGCCAGUUGGAGGGGUCGCUGCUGUAGCUGCUGCUGCGCAGCCGCACUAA